GAAAGCUCAGCUGCUUUUACGCAGUCAUGUACAGAUUGGAUUGUAUUGAUAGAAUCUGUACAAUCGCGGUUCGCCUAAACUGAUCGCAGGUUGUCAAUUAUCUAAAUUACAGAUUUCCGUGUUUCUGAGUUUGGGGCAUGUCAAUCGUAUCUAGCAAAUUACUGGUUUGUGCUCAUUAACAAUACAGAUGUACUCCACGCGAACAACGAUUAGAGUUUGAAAUGACGUUACGUGGAUUAUGGUGACGGAAACAUGAUCAAGUGGUUGUGUCUAAUACUUGUUGCGAUGCAAUUUCAGAGCAGCAACUCAUUUGAAAAAAAAUCAACUAUUUUUUCUUGUGUUUGUGUGGAAAAGACAUAAAAUGGAGACAUCUCGAAGCGUGAAGCGAUCAACAACGUUCAGUGCCGCUGACGUCAUGCGUAGGACGUCAGAUCCACCGCUGGUCGCCAGGUCGAUGUCGGUGGACGGCGUGGAACCAACGGAUGACACCCGGCUGUCGAAAUUCAAGGGAUCCUUUGAACGUCGCUCGAUCCGGCGCCGUCCGAGUAAGCGGUUUGACCGAACGGAUCUGAAGUACGGUCACGACGAGGACACUUACGAGGCUAUACGUCAACGCGUGUUUCAGGAACGCGCCGUCACUAACGCCAUAGAAGCGUUACAGGAGCGCUGGAACAUGCUUAUGUUCAUGUACGAAGACUGUAUGGCACUUAAUGACGAAUGGAAACAGAGAAAGUUGACUAAACUUAGUGUCAAACGGCAGAUGGAAUUGAUAACUAUAGUUACGCUGUUUCUCGUGGCGUGCAUACCUGCUGUCGUAUUGAUGUGUAUAGUGUGUAAGAUAAAUGCAUAGGAAGAGUCAUAUCAUAUCGCUUACAAUCAUCCGAGGAAAACAAUCUCAAAAUAAAAUUCAUGGAAUUU